AUGAUCAGCGCCGCAGCCGUAAUGCCAGUGCUGAUGAACGCAUUCUCUACUAUAUGGGAAUAUCCGUCGCAGCAGUGCCACAAUAAAACCGUACAUGGAGAAAAAUACAUAAUAGAUUUCAAGAAGUACAAUAUCACGACAAAUACGAAUUUCACAUUUAAUGGAGACAAAAUUGUGAUAUUUUACGAAACAAGCUUUGGACUAUACCCAUACUUUAUAAAUUACAGUAUGGAGCAUCCGGUCAACGGCGGCAUACCUCAGAACUGCAAUUUGAAGGCACACCUGGAAAAGGCAAAGAAAGAUAUCAAUAGGAGCAUACCCGAUAAAAAUUUCAGUGGUUAUGCCAUAAUCGAUUUCGAAAAAUGGCGCCCUCUGUUUUCCGAAAAUGACUGGAUGCAGAAAAGAGUAUUUCAAAACGAAUCGAUACGCAAGUAUAGCGGAACUCCUAACGGAACGAACAUAAGCGAAGCUGCCUAUCAUAGAUUUUACAGGGAAGCUGAAAGCGAUUUCAAUAAACACGCAAAACGAUUUUUUCUUCAAACCAUUAAAUUGGGCAAACGUAUGAGGAAAAAUGCCAAGUGGGGAUUUUAUGGCUUUCCGUAUUGCAAUUAUGACGCAGGGAAUGGAACAUAUGAGUGUCAAGACAAAUAUAAGAAAUGGAAUGAUGAGAUGAACUUUAUAUUCAAUGCAAGCCAAGCGUUGUUCCCGUCUGUAUAUCUAGGCAACAAUAUCAAAACGCAGAAGCCAAAACAGCGCUUUUUUUACGUGCAGGCUGUGAUACAGGAAGCGAAGAGAAUCUCAAAAAAACAUAAAAACCUUCCGAUUCUGGCCUAUACCAAAUUUGAAUACGAUCAGCUGAAGUCAAUUGGAGACUUUUACAAAAUGCACGAUCUUUGUGCUGCUAUUGCACAACCAGUAUAUCUUGGCAUUGACGGAUUGAUUCUGUGGAGUAGCAGCAAUAACAUGAAUGAGCGCUGCGAAGGAAUCAAGAAAAAAGUAGACAGAAUAGUCGGACCCAUGAUAUUAGACGUCACUGCUUUAUUCACGAAUUGCUCACAAAAAUUGUGUGGAGGUUUGGCUAAAUGCAUCAGGAAGGAUUAUAAAAAGCACUGGUGCUUGAAACUCGAAGACACAAAGUGGAAGUUCAUCUACAACGAGAGUGAAUAUUCAUGCGAAUGCAACGAAACUAUAACUAAAGAUUGCAUCAGAAUAGGGAGUAAACCACCAAAGAAGAACGUUUCGACUGACACUAAGCGCCCUGGACUUGUUGUUGCCGAUGAAGGCUCACCAUUGUCAUCGCUAUUACAAAUAAUCCCGCUGGGAACCGCAUAUGAACAAUUUACUGAGUCAUUAAUCAAUCCAUUCAACAUCGAUGACGGCGUGACAUCGGUAAUGAUGAGGGUAAACCCUCGGUCCGUGUUCUAA